AUGUAUGCUAUGACGUUGUCGUCUCAACGCGUGUCCAUUCGCCCCCGAAAUUCUAAGGAGGCGCGAGCCGAGCGCCCGCGCCAGAUUGCGUACAGGAUUACGAGAGUCGUAUCAAAAUCUCCGGAGAAACGAGUGAUAAUUAUUAUUUCGCGUUCUUAAUUGUUAUUUUUUGAGUCAUUCAUUUUGUACAUUGGGCAACCCGUCGGAGAAUCGGAACGAGGAGAAAUCUUUCAACCGAAACGGCGCUUCCAUUCCAGCCGCAGAUUCAAAUGCGGAGAUAGCGCCCGAGGAUCUUCGAGUCAGGGAAUCAAUUGUGUAUCAAAUAAUCUCAUCGAACGACAACGAUGCUACUGCCAAUCUUUCUCUUCUCAAUUUUGACGUCCGUUAGGACAAUGCCAAAUCUAGUGUUUGAUCAACCGGAUAUCUCAUUGAUAGAUCACCAAAUAUCGGCAAUCAAGAAAUUUGUAGAGCCGCAAGCCGUACACCCAGACGCGAAGCUGAGCACUCUGGAAUUAGUGAACAAAUAUAACUAUAAUGGUCAGCUGCACGAAGUAAUCACAUCUGAUGGUUAUAUUUUGGAAUUACAUCGGCUAAUAGGACGAGUUAAUUCCAGCGAUUCGAAAGUGCAAAAACCUAUUGCAUUUUUGAUGCCUGGUCUUAUGUGUAGUUCGUCAGCUUGGGUCGUUAGCGGACCCGAGAAAGGUUUAGCAUACAUUUUGUCGGAUGCGGGAUAUGACGUGUGGCUUGGUAACGCGCGUGGCACCUUAUAUUCACGUAAACAUGUGUCUUUGUCUACCUUUGACAAAGAAUAUUGGGAUUUCAGCUGGCAUGAGACUGGCAUACGCGACCUCCCUGCGAUGAUAGAUCAUAUCCUGGAGACUACUGGUCAAGAAAAACUGUUUUACUUGGGGCAUAGUCAGGGUACCACAAACUUCUUUGUGAUGGCGACGGAAAUGCCUGAAUACCAAAACAAGAUUCAGGCGAUGUUUGCCAUGGCUCCUGUCGCUUAUUGCGGCAAAGUAUCGAGUGCACUUAUGCAGUUACUUGCAAGGCUUACAAAUUCCAUUACCACGAUGAUGAAAUUAAUAGGUCUGUACGAAUUCGAGCCUACCGGCGAAGGGAUGAAAGUAUUCCAAGAAUUAAUAUGCAGAGAAGACGCCAUCACACAACCCUUUUGCUCAAACAUGCUUUUCUUGAUCACUGGAUUUGACAAGGAACAAUUUAACAAUACUCUUCUACCGAUAAUCUUAGGACAUGCUCCUGCUGGUGCAUCAACGAAGCAAAUGGUGCACUUUGCACAACUUGUCAAAAGUGGAGGAUUUAUUACAUCAGGAGAGUUUAGACAAUUCGAUUAUGGAUUGCUCUAUAAUAAAAUAAAAUAUGGUUCAUUUAGACCACCAAUUUACGAUUUGAAAAAAAUACAUGUACCAGUUUCAUUGCAUUACGGCAGCAACGAUUGGAUAGCGGACGUCAAGGAUGUGGAUAAAUUAUACACAAAACUUGGCAAUCCAUUCGGUAAAUUCCGUGUGCCGUAUGAUAAAUUUAACCAUUUGGAUUUUUUGUGGGCUAAAGACGUAAAGAGUCUUCUGUAUGACAAGAUAUUGAGUCUAAUGACACAUUUCUAAAGAUAAACGUCCAAUUGUUUAAUGAAUUGUUAAUGAAAUUUUAUUAAAAAUUUAUUAGGAGAGACCGAUUCUUGAUUACGUGCAUUGGAUCAAUUAAGGAAAUUGUUCGAUCAAGACUUUUAUCACAGAUCAAGUUUGCGAUUACUGAAUAAACUCUCUCUAUCACUGAACCAA